GCGCUGAGGAGCAGCUGAUAACGGAGCCGUCGUUUGUGACGAACCCCGCUAAAAUCGACACGCAGGGAGCGACCAAUCAGCAGCCAGGAUGAUGCCCAAGGUAAACAUCAGCUUUCCUUCACUGACUUCUUCAUGUUUCUGAUGUUUGAGUGUUGAUGUGAGCGACGGCUCUGUGCGAAGCAGCUACAUGUGAACACUGAAGGUGGAUCAGCGUCGUCAUGUUCAUCACGAGUUUGUCUGAAAUGAUUCUGGAAGCGGCACAGCAGCAGCUGGCUCAGACGUCUCCAGGGAGUGUGCUGUCGCUGAGAGGCUCCAGCAGCCCAGGAUCCCCUGCUGCCGCCAUCAUGGCCCGAGUGGGGGACGGGGUUAUCGGCUACAAGGACUUGGCAGCCUUACCGAGAGACAAAGCCAUCCUGGAAAUAGAGAGGCCAGACCUGAUGAUCUACCAGCCGCACUACAGCUACAGUCCACUGGAGAGGUCCUUGUCUCCUCGCUCCAUCUCUCCUCCUCCCUCCCCUGAGAACCUGUCCAAGGACUGGUUGGAGACCCGAUCUCCUGGAGGAUCCUCCCCUGGCUCCACAUUCCAGACCAAUCAGACACACCACUCACACACUCCCCCGACACCACACACACCAAAUGUGCCACACAUGCCCAGCACACACGUCUCCGCUAUCAAGAACACAGUGCAGCAUUUCCACCGGCCUGACAAUGGUACCAACAUCUAUAAGAAGCCUCCCAUCUACAAACAAGAUGCGUUGUCCUCAGCCGUCCCUCAGGGGAAACACAUCGAGGACCUGAUCAUCGAGUCCUCAAAGUUCCCUGCAGCUCAGCCUCCGGACCCAAACCUGCCCUCCAAGAUCGAGACCGAGUACUGGCCCUGCCCCCCCUCUCUGGCUGUGACAGAGAAGGAGCGGAGGAGGAAGAAGGAGAAAGAUGAAGAUGAAGAGGAGGAUGGAGAGUUGGCUGAUGAACUGUGGGACCUCAGGGUGCUGCAGAAGCAAGAGCUCAACAAGAUUCAGUCAAAUUUGGGAAAAAUCAUCCUGAGGGAGGAGCUGGGGAGGUCCUCAGGUCCUCUGAGGAGGAAGACUCGCUCACUGCCGGACCACAGCCAAAACACCGGUUCCAAGUCUGUGUAUUUCCCAGCAUCCUCUAGGACGGGCCUGUCCAGGCUGCGGUCAGCAGAGUUCAGCUCCUCAGAGAAAACGCCAGCAGGUCUUCAGAACGGAGACUCCAGGUUGGACAGAGGAACAUCCCUCCCCAGCAUGUUAGAGCAUCAGAUUUACCCCUACGAGGUGCUGGUGGUGACUCACAGAGGACGGAGCAAGCUGCCACCUGGUGUGGACAGGACCAGACUGGAGAAACACCUCUCUCAGGAGGAGUUCUUCAGUGUUUUCGGGAUGUCCAUUGAGGAGUUCGACCAGCUCUCCCUGUGGAAGAGGAACGACCUGAAGAAGAAGGUCUGUCUCUUCUGACACCAUUGGGACAACAUCUUCCACAAUCCCCUGCACUUCGUGGAUCACAGACUCUGAACAAAUUGUCAUUAUCAGCAGCACAAACACCACCACCAUCAUCACAGUUGGUCAGUGUGCAGGCAGCUCGGAGAAAACAGGGUGUAGAUUUCUGCUGCACACAGUCGCAUCACAAGCUGUUCAGAAAAUAACGUCUAUCAGAGCUCAUUAAGGACAAAACUACCGCGUGAGCACAGAUACUCCCUCUGCUAGUGGAGACUUUAGACUAUUUGGAGGCACAGAGCAGGUUUUCCAGAGUCAGCAGAGCAGAAUCAUAAGAGAGAAGCAGCAACAGCGGGUGACUGGCAUCCAAGAGACCAGAGCAAACCCCAGGGGAGUCUCAGCUUUGUGGAACGAGAUGAAAUCAGGAAGAAGAUUAGUUGUUAAAUCAGUCAGCAGCUGCACUUGAACGUUAUUCUGCUCAUCAUAUGUGAAGCUCAGUGGUUUGGUUGUAGAGGAGGCAUUCUGGGAAAUGAAGUUGAUUCUGCUGUUGGCUUCUCUCUCGGCUUAAACCUCUGCUCCUCUGGUGUUAGGCUCAGGCUGACGUGUUGAGUGCAGAGACUGAAAUGGGGUGUCAUGGUGCCGUCUGAAGCUACACACCAGCGUGUUUCUGCUGUUUUGUUCUGGAUUUAUUUAGGCUGAACAAGUGAAGUGAAUAUUUUAUCUUCAGCUGCAGUCGGGCAUUAAACCAACAUCCUGCUGACUGUGAGUCAGGUUUCAGUACAGCCGCUGUGGUGUUAGCAUGCUAAUCACGGGGACAAGGCUGUUAGACAUUUUUUAAAAGGACUGUUUCUACUGGUUGAGCCACCUGUGAUGUCAUAGUGACAGAUUUUCUCUCCCAGCACUGAAAAGAAAAACAAGGAGACAGGCUGAUCACAGUCUGAUGUUUCACAUUGCAUCCAGCGGCUGCAUGCUGGCACCCUGUGAUUCUGUUCAUCAUGCUGAUGUAGCUAAUGCUACACACCAAAUUCACUUAAUAAGUUAUUCUCUGGCUUUACUUCACAGCUUCAGGUUUUAACGCAGCUUCUUUUUUAAAUGGGAUUCCGCUGGAAAAAGUGUGUGACAGCUGAACUUGGACAAGUUUUGUUUACUCUUCAUUUCAUGUUUUCUGAUGACGAUGGUUUGCAAAGAUUAACCACAAUCUGCUCCCAACUUCUGGACUCCUUUGUAGUAAAAGCUAUUUUUGUGUAAGCUUCUUCCAGCUCUUUGUAACCAGGAACUCUAGCUGGAGGUGAAUGUUAUGUAGAUGAAACACAAACACGUGCACAUGCAUUAUCCUUGUAUCAUUUUGAAAGACUGAAUGUCGACUUUAAAAAACACGUCAUUGUGCCAUUUCAAACAGCUUGCCCAGCUGGACGCCACCAGUUCAGCUCAGCUGUGAUGAAACUGUCUCCUUCUUGUGUUUUCUUUCCUGUUCACAAACCACUGCCCUGUUUGUCUAUGCACAUCUCACACACACAGACACACACACUUCUGGGAGAUUUUUUGCAGUGUACAAGAACAGUAACCUUAGAACCAGGGGAGAACCAGGGGCCGGUUUCACAG